AAAACACCGGAAGUGUCGUUUCAUUGCAUCAGACUGCAAAGUGUGGCGUGGAGCACCUAUGCAGCGAGCAAUUAUUGAUCUGCUGUCUGACGUAUUUCAUUGUUUCUUUCAAAGGGAUGGCCACUCUUUAUGUGUCCCCACACCUCGAUGACUUCCGGAGCAUCCUGGCUCUGCUCGCUGCAGAGGCGUCCCCGUCGUCUGGUGUGAGGAUCAUCACUGACGACCCCCCCGCCGCUCUCUGUGCCCGUUGCACCCCUGCUUUGGUGGUGGGCGUGGGGGACAGCACCGCCGUCCUGAGCGGGGCCAACGCUGUGGCCUGGUACCUGGCCUUGCAAGGGAAGAGGGCCGGCGCGGGUGCCAAGCAGCAGAGUGAGGUGUGGCAGUGGCUCAGCUUCGCCGACAACGAGCUCAUCCCGUCGUCGUGUGCCGCCGUCUUUCCCCUCAUGGGGGUGACACUGGACAAGAAGCUCCAGCAGACUUCGUGCGCCGACCUGUUGCGGGUCCUGAAGGUUCUAGAUAAGAAGCUGGAGCCAAGAACUUACCUGGUGGGGGAGAGUGUCACCCUCGCCGACAUGGCCGUGGCCUCUGCGCUUCUUCUACCCUUUAAAUACGUUCUGGAGCCGUCUGACAGGAAAGCAGUGAGCAACGUGACCCGAUGGUUCACCACCUGCAUCAACCAGCCGCACUUCAUUAAAGUGUUGGGAAAAGUCAAGCUUUGCGAGAAGGUGGUGCCGAUCACGACAAACGCGGAGACUAAAGCUUCUACUCGUCUCCUUCCUGCCGCCGCCAACAGUGCUGCCGGCGACAUGGCGGAAGUGACAUCUAAUGGGCCGCCCAAAACUGAAGCUCAGCUCAAGAAGGAGGCAAAGAGGAGGGAAAAGCUGGAGAAGUUCCAACAGAAGAAGGAAAUGGAGGCCAAGAAGAAGACGCAGCCAGCCACAGAGAAAAAGGCCAAACCUGAGAAGAAGGAGUUGGGGGUCAUCUCAUACAACAUUCCUACUCCAUCUGGGGAGAAAAAAGAUGUCCUCACUCCGCUCCCCGACUCGUACAGCCCUCAAUAUGUGGAGGCCGCCUGGUACCCCUGGUGGGAGAAGCAGGGAUUUUUCAAGCCAGAGUAUGGGCAGAGGCAAAGUAUCAGCGAUCCAAACCCCAAAGGCAUCUUCAUGAUGUGCAUCCCCCCACCCAAUGUGACUGGAUCGCUCCACCUGGGGCAUGCCCUUACCAACGCCAUCCAGGAUUGCCUGACCCGAUGGCACAGGAUGUGCGGCAAGACCACCCUGUGGAACCCGGGCUGCGACCACGCCGGCAUCGCCACCCAGGUGGUGGUGGAGAAGAAGUUGAUGAGGGACAAGGGCAUGAGCCGCCAUGACCUGGGAAGGGACAAGUUCAUCGAGGAAGUGUGGAAGUGGAAGAACGAAAAAGGUGAUCGCAUCUACCACCAGCUGAAGAAGCUGGGCUCCUCUCUCGACUGGGACCGAGCAUGUUUCACAAUGGACCCCAAACUUUCCUACGCAGUGCAGGAGGCUUUCAUCCGUAUGCACGACGAGGGCGUGAUCUACAGAAGCAAGAGGCUGGUCAACUGGUCCUGCUCGCUCAACUCGGCCAUCUCGGACAUCGAGGUGGACAAGAAGGAGCUGACGGGCAGAACACUGCUGCCCGUGCCGGGCUACAAAGACAAAGUGGAGUUCGGAGUCUUGGUGUCCUUCGCCUACAAAGUGGACGGCUCAGAUGAGGAGGUCGUUGUAGCCACCACUCGAAUCGAGACCAUGCUGGGCGAUGCGGCCGUGGCCGUGCACCCCGACGACUCCAGAUACCGACACCUGAAGGGCAAGAUGGUGAAGCACCCCUUCUGCGAGCGCAAGAUGCCCGUGGUGUUUGACGACUUUGUGGACAUGAGCUUUGGAACAGGCGCUGUGAAAAUCACACCAGCUCACGACCUCACCGAUUACGAGGUGGGCGUGCGUCACAGCCUGCCGUUUCUCAACAUCCUGGACGAGAAUGGCCUGCUUGUUAAUGUGCCCCUUCCCUUCCUGGGCAUGAAGCGCUUUGACGCCAGGAAAGCCGUGUUCGAGGCACUCCAGGCCAGAGGUCACUUCAGAGAGGUCAAAGACAACCCCAUGGUGGUGCCCGUCUGCAGUCGUUCCAAGGACAUCGUGGAGCCCCUGCUCAAGCCGCAGUGGUACGUCAACUGCGCCGAAAUGGGCAAGCAGGCGGCCGACGCCGUCCGAGAGGGACGCCUCAAAAUAAUCCCCGAGCACCACCUCAAGACCUGGUUCAAUUGGAUGGACAACAUCAGGGACUGGUGCAUCUCUCGGCAGCUGUGGUGGGGCCACCGCAUCCCCGCGUAUUUCAUCGCCAUAGACGAUCCGUCCGUGAAACCGGGAGAGGAUGUCGACGGCCAUUACUGGGUGAGCGGGAGAACGCUGCAGGAGGCCAGAGAGAAGGCGGCUAAGCGCUUCAAUGUCACCCCUGACAAAGUGAAACUCAGACAAGACGAGGAUGUUCUGGACACUUGGUUCUCAUCUGGCAUUUUCCCCUUCUCCAUCUUCGGCUGGCCUAACGAGACUCAGGACCUGAGUGUGUUCUACCCCGGCACCUUGCUGGAGACGGGUCACGACAUCCUGUUCUUCUGGGUGGCUCGCAUGGUGAUGAUGGGCCUCAAACUGACCGGCAAGCUGCCCUUUAAAGAGGUAUAUCUGCACGCCGUGGUGAGGGACGCCCACGGAAGGAAGAUGAGCAAAUCACUGGGCAACGUCAUCGACCCUCUUGAUGUCAUUACCGGGAUCUCCCUGGAGGGUCUGCACACGCAGCUCACGCACAGCAACUUGGACCCAGUGGAGGUGGAGCGAGCCAAGCAGGGCCAGAAGUCAGACUACCCCAACGGCAUUCCAGAAUGCGGCACGGAUGCCCUCCGAUUUGCACUGUGUGCUUACACCAGCCAAGGCCGAGACAUCAACCUGGAUGUCAAUCGCAUCCUGGGUUACCGUCACUUCUGCAACAAGCUAUGGAAUGCUGUCAAGUUUGCCAUGAAGACACUCGGGGACAAUUUUGUGCCCUUAGAGAAAGCUCAGUUGCACGGCGAGGAGAGUGUUCCCGACCGAUGGAUUCUGUCCCGGCUGAGCGCUGCUGUCGCUCUGUGCGACGCCGGCUUCAAAGUGUACGACUUCCCCGCCGUCACCACCACAAUCUACAACUUCUGGCUCUACGAGCUCUGCGAUGUCUACCUGGAGUGCGUAAAGCCUGUCUUGGGCAAGGAGGCGGACGAGCGACGGGCCGGUGCGUGCCGACAGACGCUGUACACGUGCCUGGACGUGGGUCUGCGCCUGCUCUCGCCCAUCAUGCCCUUCGUCACGGAGGAGCUAUAUCAGAGGUUGCCGCGGCGACAGCCCCAGCUCGACGCCCCCAGCAUCUCGGUCACGCCUUACCCCGAUGCCCAAGAGUUCUGCUGGAACAGCGACGAGGUGGACCGCAACAUGGACUUUGUCAUGAACGUGGUCAAGACCAUCCGCUCGCUCAGGGCUGACUACAAUCUGACCAAGACCAGAGCGGACUGUUACCUGCAGUGCGCGGACGGCGCCACGCUGUUUCUGGUACAGACGUCCUCGGCGCAGAUCCAGACGCUGUCGUACAGUCAGGCCGUGAUCGCUCUGAGUGCCGAGCAGGCGGUGCCGGCGGGCUGCGCUGUGGCCAUUGCGUCUGAUCGAUGCACCGUCAACCUCAUGAUCAAGGGUCUCAUCAAUGUGGACAAGGAGUUGUCCAAGCUACAGGCAAAGAAAGGCGAACUGGACAAGCUGAUGGAGAAGUUGCAAGACAAGCUGGCCAAGAGCGACUACAGGGACAAGGUGCCGUUCAAGGUGCAGCAGCAGGACACCGAAAAGCUGCGACAGAGUCAGACGGAGCUGGACAAAGUCAAAGAAGCCAUGGACAACUUUAGCAAGAUGAUAUAAGGCUUUGUCAUCUUCGUCAUGUUGCAGUUUUUGUUGCAAGUAUUGUCAAAAAUGUCGGUUAGACAUAUUAAAUCAAUUGUCAAUACCAA